UCCAAUUUAAUUUUAUCACUUGUCGGAGAAACUACAACCAGAGCUCAACUGAAUACCAACAUGGCAGAGAAGUGGAACCCGAAUGCAAAACCAACUGAGAACAUGGAGUUCUUGAUGACGGCGGAGGACCUGGAUCAGCAGUCGGAGAGUUCGCAGUUCUCGGAGAGUUCUUCUUUGAUAGCCAUCGCUUCCGAGACCAGUAGUGUCGUCGAUAGGAUGUUGGAGGAACUAAACUCGAUCCAGUCGGAUGGGGAGAGCUUGGACGGAUUUGACAUAGAAUCCCAGCGCCUCCAACAGGAAAUACAUGGAUACCUGGACCUACAAAUUGCCAAGUCGGAGCAGGAAUGCAUUAGACUGGACUUUCUGCGCUGCAUCAUGUUAGCGAUCCGAGACCAGCUACAGGCUACUAGCAUGCAGAACAUGUAAUAUAUGCGAUUUCUGUUGACCAACUCCAAAAUACCAAUACCAUUAGCAUUACCAAUGCCAUCACCAAUGCAUUAUGGGCACACUGUAUUAUCGAACGGUCCUACUGUUAGCGCAUAAAUAUA